AGCCCUAUCUCCUGUCCUUCAUCCGCUACUUCCCCUCAUCCGCUAAUCGCUUUUCGUCUUCUGAUACUCCUGUCAACGAUGACGCCCGACAUGACGACCAGUGGCGGAGCACCGCCCAGCUACCAAAGUGCUGUCUUCAAUGACGCAGCUGCUCAACAGCAAGGCGAGACAGGAAAGGCGGACGUUGAUAAGGCGGAUACGAAGCGAGGGGAGGGCAACGAGGUUACACCUAGUAGUACUCAUGCUCCAGUAGCAUCCUCGUCUCAGCUCUGUGCACCGGCUGGGGCCAAUACGGUUGAGCCAAAAUUUGGAGGACCUGAUCAUGAGUAUCGCAAACGAGACGCAGAAUUGUGGCCUUACUUGGAUCCAUUCCUUCCAAUUGUCGCUGUCUACGGCCUCUAUAUCGAGAGUGACGAUCUCUACGCCGAGCCGCACACCAUCAAGCUCACUGACUUCAACGGGAGGAUCCUGUGGCACUUUCUCUUUCCGCUUUGUCCCUUGUCGCAUCAUUUGGUCCUUCUCAAAGAAGUUGAAAACAAGGGAACGGUGUGGAUGGUUCCCGGCGAUCAAGUUAUUGACAACCCUCGCAAGGGAAGAAAAGGACCCGGGCGACCAUGGACCAAAGGCGCAGAACCGCCGGCGCCCGAGCAAUAUACGUGGAAAAGACGGCUCUGCGGGAAUCAUCCACUUCAGUGCGCCGACGGCAGAAAGUCCGACAUCGCGGUCAAUCUUCACUUCGAGGAGCACCAGGUCUUCAGUGGCGUUAAGAAGCUGCGGCGUAGAGACUCAGUGGAAUUCACCGUGCCUGGAAGCAAUCGAACGUUUGUCUGGCUCUGCGACGGAAUACUGCGAAACAACAGGUACACAAGAUGGGAUCGCAUGACCUACGUUCUCCAUGAGAAGGGUGACUAUUCGACGCAGUAUGCCUAUCUCAGGUGGCAGGAAUCUUUUGGGCUUUAUCUGCGUCAGGGCUUGCCACAAGAGCUCGAUCACGCUCUCAUCACCUUUCCCCUCGUCUACAUGAUGCUGAUGCAGCACAGUAUUUGUCAAACGUUUUGGCAGCAGCCCAUGGUUGUGUCGGAUGGAAGCGAUAUGAGUCAGCAACUCUUUAGCAUCAAAAAGUUGCAGAAGCAAGCUGCUGACUUUGGCUUCACGCCGUAGCGAUGAGGGGCAUCAUCAUUCGCAAUGAUAUUCGGAAUGUAAUCAGCACCGUCGUAUGUCUAUCGUCUCGCCUCGGA